AUGGCACAGAACAAGGCAUCUACCAAUAAGACCCUCGGUCGCCCUUCAGGGUCUUUAAAUGCGCCCAUCGCAGCGUUUACUAUGGCUGUCAUAUUAUUCGGCUACUGCAUCAGUUCCAUCCGUACAGCCAGACGUGAUGCACAGGACAAGACGUUGAUCGGGUCUAAUUCACAGCAGCGAGCUACACAGGCUGAUAAGGACUCGUCAUGGGUUCAGCAGGCGCUCCAGGAGAGUCAAGCAGAAAGGAAUGGGAAAUCGAGUAGAUGA